AUUUUGCACGUGUUUAUUAUGUGUAUCUGUUUAGCUUAUUUACUUCACUCAAACUUCAACUUUUACAAACUUGCAAAAGAAUUUGAAAACCUCCUCAUAUGAAGCACCGAAAAUAGACAAAUUGGAGAGAUAAGAGGCACCGUCGUCUAGGCUACACGAUGGAGGAAAGUACCAGCAUUACUGUAGCUAAAAUCCUAGACCUUGUCAAAGUGGAAAAAUUGAGUGAAGUUCGUCAUCUCAGUUUGCAGAAGAAAGGGUUAUCCAGUUUAGACCCCGCUAUUCUAUCCCAGAUGGUGAACCUACAAGAACUAGACCUGUCUGAUAACAACCUAAAUAAACUUGACACCAACGGAGUUUGUCUAAACUCUUUGGCUAGAAUUAAUUUGGCCAAUAAUAAAUUGACGACAUUGGAGGGAUUCAAUUGUUUUCCAAACUUGAAAGAAUUGAAUAUUUCCAACAAUCCUUUGAUUGAGGUAUCAGAAAAAUACAAGCUAGUGUCCAUAUGUCCUUUACUUCAGUUGCUUGACAAUAAAGAUGUAUCAAUGAUGCGGGAUGCAGCUUCAAGGCUGGAUAGCACUUUAUUGUGCAAGAUAUCAGAAGUUUGGAGGCAAAGCUUUGAACGUGUUUUUGAUCAUCAAAAAGAUGGUGACAUUAAAAAAUUUGAAAACGAAUUUGUUGAAAAAUUAAAGAAAGAGAUAACUUGUGGACCUUCAAUGCUCAAAGAGUAUAGAGAAUUCAGGUUAUCAAUACUUGGAAAAGAACAUAUUAAUAAAAUGCAGCUGAAAUUUGAAUAUGGAACUCCCAGGAAAAAGAAAAAAGUCGAAGUAAAUGGUGAGAUUGAGGAGAAGGAAAAAGAAAAAAUUCCAACACCUGAUACGAAUAGAGGAUGUAUUGACUUAAAAAAGCCGACAGAAACAUUAAGUGUAGCUGAUUCACGAUUUGUUGUGUCACACUUAUUACAAACACACUCACUUAACAAUAAUCCAGAUGACAGACGGACACAAGUCUGGGGGUGUGAAUUUGAACCAAGUCUGGACAAACCAGGUCACACUACAUCGAUCUGUGCUACGUGUGGCGGAGACUCAGUCUGUUUCAUAGACUGUAGCUCCGGUCAAGUCAUGAAAAAAUACAAGCAGCCAGGAGAGAUCUUUUACUGUAUAGCAUGGACAACUAUCACCAUGGAUUUUAAUGGCAACACCAAGAAAACUAAUCUACUAGCCGCAGGUGGACAACAGAAGGAUAUCAAGAUUAUUGAACCAAACCAGUUGGUCUGCUGUGAGGAGAUCAAAGGCAUGAAGGGUGUUUUGGAGUCUCUGUUGUUUCAUCCUGUUCAAGCGUCAUGGUUGUUUUGUGCCGCUAGUGAUACUGUUACUGUCUGGGAUAUUGGCUUUCACCAACGUAGUGACUGUGAAUCCAAGUCAAAAUUACUUCUUACUUUAAAGUCUAGGACAAUCAUUCGAUAUAUUUCUAUGCCACCCCAUGGCAAUACUCUGGUAGGAGCCUGUGACGAUGGAUGCUACAUGUGGAAAAUUGACGAAAUAGAAAAAAAUAAUGAAAAACCAAGAACACCAUUUGGAAAGCUAAGUUUUUCAGGCAAGAAGACCCUGCCACUGGACUGUGUACAGUGCUUAUCAAAUAAUCAGAUUGCAACGAAGCGUGUUGAAGAUGGUCUAAUGUGUGUCUGGAAUUCAGAGUCUGGUAUGACAAAGAACGAUUUUACUCUCGUUUACAAAAUACCGUGGAGAAAAACAGAAACUCCUUUUCUAAAGUUCUCGUAUGUUCCCAUUCAUCAAGUUAUUGUUUCUGGGGACGACGAAGGAUGCGUUUGGAUGUACAAAAUGAAACUAUCAGACUAUGAGAAAGUCGAAAAUAACACGGAUGAAAUAAAGACAUACAAGGAAUCCCAGGCAUUCCUGGUUCUCAGUCAGCCAUUCCUGAGAUUCAGGAAAAUGACCGCCAUGUUUAUUGAUAUUGCAGAAGAAAACUUCAAAAAACUGACUUUGGAUUGA